AGUUAUUAUUGGGUCGGCAUUCGCUGAAGUCAUAAGAACAGGAACUGUAAUUAGAGCGGAUAUCUCAAUAUUCCCAGAAGCCCUGUACUCUAAGAUCAACAAAACAGCACGUCGUGAUACCAGCGACUUCAUCGAAGAAUGUUCUAAUGAAAUUGGCCAAAUGUCAGGACGGUGCCUUGACAUCGGAAGCGGUCCAUGUGACGUAGUCACCGAUUUUCUCCUUCCAAAACUUAACCCGAAGUCUACCGUUGUCUGCUCGGACAUUUCCAAGGCCAUGUUGGACUACGCAAAGGAAAAAUACGGCGCCAACGAUCGGCUAUCCUUUCUCCAACUGGACAUCGAGUCUCCGACGCUGGCCGAAGAUCUAGUUGAACAAUUCGAUCACGUUACGUCGUUCUAUUGUUUACACUGGUGCGAAGACAUGCGCCAAGCCUUCGAGAACAUCUUUGAACUGCUGCGUCCUGGAGGUUCGGGCUUCUUGACAUUUUUGAGCGAUGAUCUUUGCAUGGACGCGUACAGGGUGCUGGCGACUGUCCCUCGAUACCAGCGUUACAUGACGGAUGCGGACAGGUUCAUUCCCGUAUUUCAGCACGCCGAACAUCCACGCGAGAACCUGAAAAAAUUGCUUCGAGAGGUCGGCUUUGAGAUCAGCCACUGCAGUCGCAGAGAAAUAAGCAACAUUUACGACACUCCGAAUGAUUUCGGCAGAGUAAUGGCAGCUAUCAACCCGUUCAUUCACCGCAUGCCGGCUCAACUACAGCGAGAGUAUGAAGUAGAUUUGGGCAUAGAAGCGGCGAAGAACGGGAUUGUCUUCAACAAGGAUAACAAUGGUGGCUAUAACAUACUCUGCAGACAUCACAUGUUUGUAGUUUACUUGAAAAAACCUUCGAUCAAAUAAUAGACAGCCAGAUAACCAACGAAUGUCUGUAUCUUGAUCAUUCUUCGUAUUCUGAUAUAUUCAAAUAUCCGAUCAUCCAGUUUUCUUGCGCUUUUUUUUUUUCAAAUUCAUCGAAUCGAGGAAAAAAUGUAUGACGUGAACCUGCAGACUGAGUGAGCGACGGUUUUUCAGUUUUGUACAAGCCCCGACAGUAACUUCAUCCAUAAAUUAAAAUGAGAUAAGUAACUAAGCGCAGUAAAUAAUUGUUAUUGAUAAAAACGAUUACUUUCACUUAGAAAAUUGAAAAUAUAAUUUAAGCAAUAUCGCUUGUAUAGUUGGAGUAUGAAAACACACACGAGAUCUAACAAUAAGUUUGGUGAAAAGUAGAAGAUGUACGUUUUAUCCAUCACUGCCUUGAUUGUAACGAGGAGCUUUCGCAGUUUUGAAAAAAGAAAACGCACUGUUAUCUUACUGUUGCUAAACCGUCGACUCUCCUUCGAUUCGAAGGGGGUAUUAAAAAAACUAAACAUUAAUAACACCCUGAGCGUGAUCCUAUCACAUUAAAUUUUAUUAUACGUACGUGUGUUUAUAUGUAUAUGCGUGUCCAUGUAUAUGUGUAUAUAUAUACAUAUAUAUAUAUAUACUGCAUACGCUGUCUUUGGUUUUACACGAUUUAAUACAGCCAUUCAUCAUGCAUAGGUACGUAAACGUCCUAUAAUACCUUAUCUAUUCGUUAUUCAAAAAUCCUUCCGCAUCUGCCUUUUCUCUCCGCGUCUGCGUGUGGCGAAAUAGGACGCGCAAUCGCGCGUGCGCGUGUCAUUUGUGUGUUUUCUCGGUGGUAGUUGGUAUUCAUUUUCACAGAGUAGGUAACAAUUUCACUAUAAUCUAGCAUCUAAAAAAACACACUCAAGUGUAGGUGUACAUACAUUAAUCAAUAGACAUACAUUUUUAAUUACAUAUUUCGAACACCGACAAUACCGGCACGCUGUUAGACGCAAAAGUCUAUCGCCGAUCGCGUUUUCAACUCUCACCUCGCGUCAUCGGACUGACGAUAUUUGGCGACAAACGGCAGAGAAAAUUUGUGCGCAAUUUCCGGGAUAGAAAGGUUAUGAGUAUAACAGCUUGCCGAAAUUUACAAAAAUGGAAGCAACGCAAUCGUAACCGUAUAACUUAUGUACUUGCGCGGGUAUAUAAUAUAAUAUAUAAUAUAUAUAUAUGUAUGUAUAUAUAUGUAUAUGGUAUACGUAUGAUAUUAUGCUUAUUACGUACGCACAUGUAUUCUAACAAUAAAUCGGUAACAACAUAUCGGAAAUACUUUUACCUACUCCCGAACCUCUUACAUGUAUUAUACGCUAUACAAUAUUACGUGGUUAUACAUUUAAUUCUCUCGGCCAUAAAUCGGUUUACAGAUACAACGUGUUUCGGAAGAAUAUAAAAACUACGUGCUACUUUUCAUACAUCGUACGUGUCUCGCGCUAUCAAACCCCGUUGUUUAACAUGAACCGUACCGGGUAGACCAUAAUUUUAAUUAUUCAACAAUUGAUACUUAGUAAAAAAAUCUUCCUCGCUCGAUUAUGAUCGUUAUAAUGCCGAUUAACAAUCUUAUCAAAAUCUUACAGCACCUGCUCUGGAACUCGAUUACGCAACAAUUGCAUACCAAUCACAAUUAUCAUUCACAUUCACAUUGCGAUUCCUAAUCAUGCAAAAAUCAUCAGCUUCCCAGAUUUAGGAAUUUUUCAUGCAACUUUACUUGCAAGCGUAUAUGAGUGUUAAAGAGGACACGUGAUGUCUGAUUAUUAAACAGAAAAUUUUUAUUCGAUCAAGUAGAAAUAUCCCUCUGUCAAAUUGAUCAUUGUUAGCGUUUGACGAUACAGCAAAUUACGUGACACAAGCUGCAUUCGUCUUGAAAAUUUAUAUCUGUAGAACUGAUUUUUUAUCAAAGUAUUUUUUACACCGUAUAUGUACCAAGUUUAGAAAAUUGUGAACUUCAGAGUAUCGAAAAUCGGUAAUC